AUGUUAGAGAUGAAACACAGAAAAGAUUACCCUAGUUAUAUUCUAGAGAAUGUGGAAGUGUGUUUGUGUCUACAUCCUACAGUGCCUACAUCCUACAGUACCUACAUCCUACAGUGCCUACAUCCUACAGUGCCUACAUCCUACAGUGCCUACAUCCUAGAGUGCCUACAUCCUACAGAGCCUACAUUCUACAGUGCCUACAUCCUACAGUGCCUACAUCCUACAGUGCCUACAUCCUACAGUGUCUACAUCCUACAGUGCCUACAUCCUAGAGUGCCUACAUCCUACAGUGCCUACAUCCUACAGUGCCUACAUCCUACAGUGCCUACAUCCUACAGUGCCUACAUCCUAGAGUGCCUACAUCCUACAGAGCCUACAUUCUACAGUGCCUACAUCCUACAGUGCCUACAUCCUACAGUGUCUACAUCCUACAGUGCCUACAUCCUACAGUGCCAACAUCCUACAGUGCCUACAUCCUACAGUGUCUACAUCCUACAGUGCCUACAUCCUACAGUGCCUACAUUCUACAGUGCCUACAUCCUACAGAGCCUACAUUCUACAGUGCCUACAUCCUACAGUGCCUACAUCCUACAGUGCCUACAUCCUACAGUGCCUACAUCCUACAGUGCCUACAUCCUAGAGUGCCUACAUCCUACAGUGCCUACAUCCUACAGUGCCUACAUCCUACAGUGCCUACAUCCUACAGUGCCUACAUCCUACAGUGCCUACAUCCUAGAGUGCCUACAUCCUACAGUGCCUAUAUCCUACAGUGCCUACAUCCUACAGUGCCUACAUCCUACAGAGCCUACAUUCUACAGUGCCUACAUCCUACAGUGCCUACAUCCUACAGUGCCUACAUCCUACAGUGCCUACAUCCUACAGUGCCUACAUCCUACAGUGUCUACAUCCUACAGUGCCUACAUCCUACAGUGCCUACAUCCUACAGUGCCUACAUCCUACAGUGCCUACAUCCUACAGUGCCUACAUCCUACAGUGCCUACAUCCUACAGUGCCUACAUCCUACAGUGUCUACAUCCUACAGUGUCUACAUCCUACAGUGUCUACAUCCUACAGUGCCUACAUCCUACAGUGCCUACAUCCUACAGUGCCUACAUCCUACAGUGCCCUUCCCAGCUCCCUGAGACACUGGGCCUUCCCAGCUCCCUGAGACACUGGGCCUUCCCAGCUCCCUGA